UCUAUCUUCCACCGGGGCAGGAAGGGGAGCAGCUCCCGGUGGCGGUGUUUCCCCUCCCCACUCUUUCUAUCCUCUUUCUAUUUUCAGGUACAGAGUCAGGGAUGGCGUCUGGCUGGCAGGAGGUGGCUUCCCAGCAGGCCGAAGAGGUGUCUGUACGUCUCAGGCAGCUACUCAUCAAGGGUCUCGGCCUCCUCCACUCUGAGCUGGGCCUAGACCUGGGCCUACAGCCUCAGCGUUACCCUUCAUGGGUCUUCUUGGCUGUCCCUGCCUCUUUAGGCCUGCUGCUGCUCUUGCUGCUUCUCUGGGCUACUAGCCGUGGCUCCUCCGAGAAGAAACGAACACAGGAGGAGAGGGAACCCGUGCUCGCUGAGCCUAAGGUCCCCGUGCCUGCUAAGAAUGGCAAGGGGGAGGAACCGAAGAAAAAGAACAAGAAGAAGCCGUCGGAGAAGGCCAAGCCAAAUGGCAGACCCGUGGAACUCAUAGAAGAAGAAGUAAUAACCGCGGUGAAAAAGGACACCGUAAAGCAGCCACUGGACGCGGACAAAAAGAACGAGAAGAUAAAGAAGAAUAAAAAGAAACUGAAAUCUGAUUCAAAACAAAGUCAAACAUCUCCAAAGGUUGAAAAAAAGGAAGCUGAAGAAGGGAACUGGGAAACAAAAAUCAGUAACAGAGAGAAACGUCAACAGCGCAAACGUGACAAAGAAGCAGACACUGAUGCUACAUCAUCAGUCACUGAACCCAUCUUGUCUGUCUCGUCCCAGCUUGUAGGCAUCCGCAAGACAAAAGGGCAGAGUGAGGUUUCUGCUCUGAAUGGCAGCAGCUGGAAUGAGAAGCCAGGAAAACCUUCCCCCAAACUUGGAGAAGAAAAGUGGGCAUCUGGAAAGAAGAAAACCGAACCUUGCACCUGGAAUCAGGAUGCCGUUGAUACUAAUGGAAAGGAGUGGAGUGCACCAUGGAGCGAGCCCCUUAUUUUCCCAACCAUAACUGCUUGGUCUGCUGUGGAUGGACGGAUUAAUAAAACGGAACCGAGGCCUUCGGCUUUUUCCUCCAUUAGAAUAAGCAGCGUAGUGUCUGCUGCCGCUACAGAUCCAGUUGCUUCGCCUAUAGUUAGUGACACCCAGUGGGAUGCAACACCUGUUGAACCUUCCGCUGAUGACGAAUGGUCUGGCUUAAAUGGCUUAAGUUCAACUGAUGCCGGUUCUGAUUGGAAUGCCCCAUCUGAAGUGUGGGGAAACUAUGCAGAAGAGAAGCAAGAAACUGCAGUUCAGCCUGAAGAGCCUGCAGCAGAAGCAGCAAAGGUUUCUGAGAAUGAGAAUGAAAAAGAUGAAACUGCUGCUCAGAGUUCAGCUGCCAGCAAAACCAAGAAGAAGAAGAAAAAGAAGAAGAAGCAAGAAGAAGAGUCCGGAACCCCUGCACAGGAUGCCGAAGGUAUUGAUGGUGAAAUAGCGGAUAUUCCAAAAGAAAUUCCAGCUCAAGUUCCAGCUCAGCCAAACAAAGCUGUUCCCCCAGUGGUUGAAAAGGCUGCUGAGCCAAAAAAGGCUACUGAGCCGAAGAAGGCUAGCGAACCAAAAAAGGUUACUGAGCCGAAGAAAGCUAGUGAACCGAAAAAGGUUACUGAGCCGAAGAAAGCUGGUGAACCGAAAAAGGUUACUGAGCCGAAGAAAGCUAGUGAACCGAAAAAGGCUACUGAAGUGAAGAAGACCGGCGAGCUGAAAAAGCCUGAAGAGGAGGCUCGCGCACUUCCUGUACCUGCAGAGCCUCAGAUAUCUGUAAUAACCAUUUCAGAAAAGAGUCCUCCAAAGGUACAGCAGUCGCAGGAGAAAACCCCUUCCAUCGCUAAGCAGAACAUUGUGCCUCCUCCUUCACAAGGUAAACCUGAAGAGAACUGGGAAUCUGCAAAACAAGUGAAAAAGAAGAAAAAAGCCAGAAGGGAAACGUGAUUCAGACACUCUUGGAGAUUAUGCUGUUUAUGCAAUAAUUUGUGAACAUGUACAGCAUUUUAUAUAAAUUGUCAAUUUUUAAAACUGAUAUCAACAUGACCUUGAUGUAGGGACAGGAGAAUGAAGAACAUACAUUUAUGGCCAACAUGCAAACAGUACUGGAACCAUUUUGAACGCUCCUGUCUUUGGCCAACCUGGAACAUCGUAAUUUGAUAAUUAAAAGAAGCUUAAUUCCUGGUUUUUACAAAACUGUGACCUGUUUACAUUCAAAUUGUGCCCUAAUUUGUCUCUCGAAUAGUGCAGCACUCUGCGAAGAUUUGUUGAAAUACCGGUUCUGCCCCCCCCGACAUGGAAAGUCACUUUUUCUAACCUUUUAUAUGUUUGUGGUCAUGUAUGCAAUAUCUGUGCCGCCCCUAUAGCAACAGCACACAUCCAAAUCAAACCUUAAUCUCUGUAAGGAACAUUAAAUGUCUUAAUUCAUUGAGUAAUCCGUCUUGGCUACCCACCCAAAUUUUAUGUCCCCUCUUAUAUUUUUAUGUGAACAUUUUAAGGUGUGACGUGUUCUUAAGUCUUCUCAUUAUCUGCUAUCUGGCUCCCAAUACAUACAUUUUACCACAACACGGCUGAUCGCUGUUUUGUAACAAACUGAUUUCAGGACUAUGUAUCUGUUUUGUUUUUUUGUUCAACAUUUCCCACAAUGGAAUAGUUAGACAGAUGUGGCGGCGCCAGACAGCUUUAAUUGACUUUGUCAAGACUUCCAACAAUCAGGAUUCUUUUUACUGCCUUAACCUGUAAUUUGUGGGCAAUUUGUGUAAUUUCACGAUAACAUUUUGUGUUUUAUAGUAAAAUGAUUGCAGCUGUAGUGCAAAGGGUUAAUUCCAGCUUCUACUGUGUGUGUGGGGGACUAUCAACGCGUACUGGCACUAUAAUUGCGUUUUAUUAAACAUGCAGUUAACUUUGUAUCCUUUGUUCUCGGUAAGUCCAAUUGUAAAUAGCCUUACCUAAUGUGCAUUUGACAUACUAUACUAUGACAUCACUCUGGAAAUCGUGUAAAGAAAAAAGCCAUGUCAAAGUUUAAUGUCUUCGGUAUCGGCCGCUAAAGCACGUUAUACUGUGUUCACAGUUGUCGGUGACGGUACUGAUCAGCAGUUAUGUUUUCUUUUUUUUCUUUUUUCUUUUUAUAUGUAAAUGUAGUUGCUGGAUACUUUAGACAUGAAAGACGUCUCAGCACCUCUUGAGGCCCCUCUGGUUGUAGUAGUUCAAAAAAAAAAAAAAAAAAGAGAUAAAGCAUUGACAUUUUUGGAAGAAACCCAGUUUGAUUUUUUUGUUUAUUUUUGUAAUGUACUAAUUUCUACAUAGGAUUAUGGAGAAAAGGUUUCAGGAACAUGGCAAUUUUACAUGUUCAGAUUUUUUUUGUUUUGUUUAAUUCAGUGCUAAGUUGAUUUUGUUUAAAUAAAUCUUGCAAAUUCA